AUGUCGUUCAAAACUCCCGAGGGUCAAUCUUCCUUUGAUUUUGGUGAUCAUAACAUCAACACCUCACCUUGGAAGGGACUGCGUAGAGCAUUAUCAUUGGGAUCUAACGCGAGUAGCAGGAAUAGCAUCGGAAGUAAAAGAUCAACCAUCAGGUCGUCAAGACAAUUAAAGGGCGCAACGACCUCUUCGUCCAUCACUACCGCCACUAGUCAUAUGCUUACGAGUAGUAGUAAAGGGGAUCAUCAACGAUUGCAAUUAUCGGACAAGGUUAUAUCCGAAAUAACAGGAAUUUUUGAACCACUCGAUGAUGUUGAUGUUUCAAAUGAGGUUGAUAUCGAAGAGGAAUGGCACAAUAACAUGGUAGUUUGGAAAGAGGGUGAAAGUGAUUCUCUCAAUAGCCAGGGUAACAACAGCAAGAGUAAAAGUAACAGCAGUAGUAGCUAUAGGGAAGAUAUCCCUAGUGGACCAAGCUCACCUUGUGACACGGAUCGUUUCUCAUUCACCUUCACAAACUCAUCAUUCCCUUUCCCAAACCCACCUAACAGGGAGGAACCACCCCAUCUCGACUCUUCACCAACCGACCCUGGUUUCUCCUUUCACUCAACCAAUAAUACUCUUACAAACCCACAAGCACACAACACUUCUUCAGAUGAAAAGGAGGACGAGGAUGGUAGGAUAACCCCUAUAUCGAUUGUCUCAACUUCAUCUCAACCUGCUUACUGUCCUCCCUCACCUGCUUUGACACCUUCACCUCAUCCCUCUUUCUCAAAUUCUCCUAUCCUUACCACUCCCGGUGUACAAUCUUCCCUUGCACCCGAUUCCUUGACAUUAGGUAAACCAGAGCAGGAGCAAGACAAGAGUGAAACCGAUAUACACACGCCCAAGGUUGAUCAACACACAGAAAGGCAAAUUGGAAUUGUAUCCUCAUCCUCUGACUCCCCGCUCACGCCGUUGAUACCGAGGAACAUCACCCCUCUUUCAAGCUCCACUCCUCCACUGUCUUUCCCAUCACGACUAGUUACAACGUCAACAACUGUACCCACCUCUACAACUGAUGAUAACAACAAUAACGAUAACGCGAAUCAGUUUGAUACACUAUUGGAAAGAACAAUAAGCGAAAACAACGAUCUGACAUUACAACCUCCUAUUGUCCUCUCAACGCACAACGACAAAAUUUCAGACGGCAAGGACGAGGACUACGAUUCAAUGCCGUUUGGUGAGCAUCAGCUACAAGGUAGGGAAAGGGAAUGGGCAUCCUACGAUAAUCAAGACUCACUUGACCCUCACCCUUCACAAUCGGUAUCCUCCAAGACUAUACCGUACCAACAUCACAAGGCUCAACCUUCUGUUCCUUACUCAACACGGACCAUCUCUAACACCAUUUCGGGUGGGCAUAAUCCCCGUUACAGUGGAGUUGACCCGCUCGAUACUCUAUCGCCACCUCCAUCCUACGGUAAUUUCUCCAACUCAUCCAGCAGUUCAAGGAGGAACUCGAAAUAUACCGCAUUCUCCGGAUCGAGCGGAAGUUCAAUCUAUUCCUAUUCUACCACAGAUUCUUCAUCUUACCGAGGUCACAAUCAACAGCAGCAUUGGCAAUUCGGCGGGCAACCUGAUAUAUCUACUGUAUUCGAAGAAGAAAACAGUGUUGAUUUUGGUGAACAACCUCAACUCGAUCAAGAUCAAGCCAAGAAGAACCAGUACGAGUUUGGCAUCAAGAAUACUGAACCGAAUCAUCAACGAUUUCAAACUUUGAACAGCCAGUCUUCAUCAAAUACAUUAGUGAAUCGACCACCUACCAAAGGAUAUUUCUCAAGAGAAAGAUCCGGUACUAUCAAUUCACAGUCUGGAACUAUCACAUCCAAUCAUUCAGGUAAAUCGACAAAUAGUAGAGGUGCACCUCAUCCAUUCGCCAACGCCGUUGUGCGACCAACUUCACCGAUUAUACCUACUAGUAAAUCCCAUAAUAACUUCUUAUCGCCUCAACAUCCAAAGCGAUCAGAAUCACUUCAGUAUCCGUCACUAAGUAGCUCGAGAUCAUCACCCAACCUAACUGAACAAUAUAAGAUGUCUCAACCUACCCAUCAACUUGCUCUGGUCUCGACGGAGGAUGAUAAAGAUGAUGAAGAGACUUGUCCUGUCUGUGUAGAAAGCCUAAGCUUCACAUAUCGAUUACCAGGUGAAAAACCUCAUAUCGUACCCGAGUGUGGACAUGCGUUACAUGAGGAAUGUUUUGUCACUGUCUAUGGGGAUGUUCCUCCCGAAGGAUCACAAAAGAUUCUUGGAGUUUGCGGUGUUUGUAGACAACCCAUGAAGAUGGCUGAUGGAGUCACUAAGCGAGAUAAACUCGCUGUAUUGAUGGGUCAACCUGGUCAAAACGGCACUCGAAAACCCUCCCAGUCCGCUCAAUCAACCCGAUCAGUUGGAGGAAGAGGUCAGAACACAUCGCCUGCGCCCUCCGACCCCAACGCGGAUGAUCCUAUUGAAAAUGGCAAUACCGGCUUAUCUCGUUCAAUGCACUCCGAGUCUUCUCAGUCGAAAGUGGUAGUUCCAUCGAUAUCCAUCCGAUCCGAGUUCCCCUCGAUCACCAAAGGUCAUCGAAAAGGUAAACAAGUCAUUACAGCCAUGGUCACUGUGGAAGUGCCCUCUGCAGGUGAUCGAGGUAAAUAUCCAACAAGCUCACGACCACCUGGAAUGUCAAGAUCUGUAUCAGCGGAAGAUCAAAUCUCCCCUCAACUCCCACCUUCACCUCGAUCGGCUUCUGACUCAUCCGUCGUACCUUCCACCGCUCGUAGUGGACCUGUAUCAACUCCUGAUCCUUUCGCUCACGUCGUGCACGACCUCAAACAUCGAGUUGUGGAUUACAAAACCUCGGGUCUUGAUCAACUUGGUUCCUUAAGAUUGUUCGAUCUGCUCUGCGUAAGGAAAGGUCAACUGGUCAGAGAGUUCCACGUAUACCUUUUCCAAGAAGCUUUGAUCUGUGUGUCCGAAGAGAAGAAAUCUGGUUUCAGAGGCAUCUUCUCCUCUUCAUCCUCAGUAAGAAGUGAUCAUUCUGGAGGAUCCCAUCACGGUCGAGGUGUUCUCAAGCUGAAGGGAAGAAUUUACGUUAGACAUGUGAAGAAGGUCAUAGAUACAUCCGUGCAAGGUGAAUUGAGCUUGACAAUUACGAUGGAGGAUGAAUCCCUGGAUUCUUUCAUUCUCUGCUUCAAGGAUAGGUCAAGUCAUGAGACCUGGAGAUCAACCAUCAACCGGCUUCUAGAAGAAGUCAAAGGUGGCCAAAACAAAGCUUCCAGGUCAAUGGGUCCAUCUGGUCCUCGAUCAACCAAUGCUCCUUCCUCUGCUGGUGGUUCGUCAUACGGUAUGGGAUUCGACAUGACCUCACCUUCCACAGCAGGAUAUGCAGCUACGCCAUCUACCUCAACUUUCGCUCACAACGAACCUUCGCCCGGUGAUUUGGCAUUCGAACAACCCCUUGGACCGAUCCACACACCCGUCGAUCUAGUUGUCGUUCUUUCCCUUCCAGCUCCAUCAUCAAAUAACACCCAACUACCCCUGAAAGUGAAGCUCAUGAAAUCGUCUUUGACGUUCCUCCUUGCUUUGCUCGGUCCUAAAGAUCGUAUUUCUUUGAUCACCUGCGAGAUGGGCGUGAAUGGCAUAGUCCGAAAGACACCAUUCCUCUCUCCUUGCCGAUAUGAAUCUCGAAAACGAUUAGAAGCCUUUGUGGAGACUCUAGGUAGUGGACGAGAUAGCAAAGAUGAAUUUGAAGUCCAAGUGGGCCGGGAAGAACGAUACGAUGUAGUCACUGCAGUCAAUGUGGCUCUUGAUGUGGUACUACAACGAAAAGCCAAGAACCCCAUUUCAGGUAUGAUCUUAGUCAGCGAUACUUCGGACGUUAUCAAACGAGCUCAGAUGGAUUUGGUCACUGCUCGACUCGACGCUGCGAAUGUCCCAGUUCACGCCUUGGGAUACGGUCGAUCCCAUGACCCUUCACCUCUGUGGAUGAUCUCGAAUCAUACUCACGGUACAUACACUUUCGUCAAGGAAUGGUACCAUCUUCGAGAUUCUCUGGCUGGUGUGGUCGGUGGUCUCAUGUCGAUCGCGAUGGAUAAUAUGAAAUUACAUUUAUCUUGUCAAGAGAACGAUUUCCAUGUCACCAAAGUAUCAGGUACGACCCAAGCUGUGGUAUCUAAAAAUGGUAAAGAUGUAGAUAUCGAAUUGAGAGAAUUACGAUAUGGAGAGAUUCGAGAGAUCUUAGUUGAACUGGAUCUAGAAGUUGAUUUAUCGUCCAACGAACAGAGAUAUUCAGGUGAUGGAUCGAGUGAAUCCGGAGUUAUCGAAGGAUCAAGACCUGAAGGUAGUCAGCAUGGAUCAUCGAUACGUAAAGCACCAUCCUUCAACGUUGAAAGAGGUCUAGGAUUAGACACGUUAUCAGUGGGAGAUGCCAAUGCUCUCAGAGAUGUGGUAUAUGAAGAUGCCCUGAUAGAUGAGGUACCGGUCGUAGAAGUGGACUGCUCGUUCCAUGAUCCAGGAGCUGGUCGAUCUGUAGCUCGAUUAUCCCAUCCUGUCUUAUUGACCGUUGCGAUUCUCCCUCCGAAUGCACCUCCCUCUUCAACACCUGCUGAUCCGAUGAUUGUCAGACGACGAAUGGAACUGUUAGCUAGUGAUAUGAUCACUCGUGCUCUGCUUAUUGCAUCAAGGAAGAAUUUCACCCAUGCGUCAAGGAUAUUGGAUAUUACGAGAAACCAAAAGAAUUGUAGAAACGAUAGUACAGUCCAGGAUUUAGAUAAUUUGCUGGAUGGGUUGGAAGAACACAAGGAAUUGUUCGAAAGGGAUCAUAGGAAUUAUAGUGCUCAACAGGCUGGUGUACUACGUGCUCAGAGAAGUUGGACAACAAGAACACCAACGGAACGAACGUAUUGUACGAAAGAGAUUGGGGGGAUCAUCAAUUUGAGUGGAGAGUGGCAAGGGAGAAGUUGA